AGGCAUUAAAGGAAUUGUGUGAAAGGUCCUUUUACAUGGGAAUUUUAGCUAGUGUUCAAAACACAAACCAGAUGUGUGUGUGUUCCUGCAUAUACCCUCUGCUCCACUCCGCCCUCAUGAUCACCCCAUCAUAACACCCCCUCCUACCAUCCCUCCACCCCAUCUUUAUAGCCAACUCUUCUCCUUUACUCCGUCAUAAGAUCUCAUGUGAACAGCAGGGAACGAUGGAGACAUCUCAACUGCUCCUUCUGCUCUGUGUGUGGGCGCUCAGCAGCCUGUCCCUGCAAUCAGCAGAGAUGAUUGAACAUUGCCCAGAUAGGAUUCUGGAUAAUGAGAAGAGACGAACAUGCCCUAAAAAGUGCCAACAAGACAAUGAUUGUGGCAACAAGCGCCAAUGUUUAUGUGAUGGGCCAUGCGGACUCAGCUGCGUGGCUCCAGGUCGGACAUGUCCAUGGCCUCUUCCCAGCAGUGAACACUUCGAUGUGACUCUCCUUUCUCCAUCUCCUUCUUUCUCUGCUCUUCUGGAGGUGCGCUGUCAUCCUGGUUACACCAUGACCAAUGGCCUGAAUGCUACUAUCCACCGGUGCCAAGGUGACCGACAAUGGAGUGGUGAUGAUCCUCUGUGUACAGGUAGAAAUGCUGAAACAGAGCCUGAAUCUAAACUGGCUUGCCCUUUGCCUGAUCAUGACUUGCUGCUGAUUCAUGGCAGUGCUGCUAUAGGCUCCACCAUACAGUACCAGUGUGCUCCUGGAUAUGUGCUGGUUGGAAGCAGUGAAAAUUUUUGUCACAAGGACCAGAUGUGGCGUUACCCACACCCCGUCUGUCAACGUGUGUUUUGUCCGCCACCACAGGAAAUCAAUCACGGUUACUUGGUGGCCGUGCAGAAAUCUGAAUAUAACAUGGGCGACACCAUCUAUUAUCUUUGCAAAAAGAACUUCCUACUGGAUGGGCCUAACCAAGUUACUUGUCAGUUAGAUGGCACAUGGAGCACAGUACCUUCCUGUCGAGCUCGCUGUCCAAUCCCUGCACAGCGCAGCAGAGUGAUAGUGGGUGGGGUUAAGAGCUGGCCCUAUGACUUGACCGACGGGAUGGUCACUCACGGUGAGAAUGUAACGUUCUUUUGCAAGCAUCCACAAAAGUCUUGCAGUUUCACAGCCACAGAGACCUGCUUUGAUGGACUGCUCCCUGCACCCAACUGCUACCGUGAACCCACCUGGUUUCAGUAUAAACUCUACCCUCACCGACUGGUAUCAGAGAUUAAUCCAUGUGAUCCUGCUGACCUGGACUCCACCUCUGAGUGAAAUACUCUUACUGGACCCCAUUCUACCUAGAUGCCACUUCACCACACAGGCCUAAAACUUUUUGUUAUUCAUUUCACCAGUUCUAAGAUCUAGAUCAUUUUACACAUUUUUUUAUGCAGAGGAUUUUAAUUAUCCGAAGUCCUUUUACUACGCUGUGCUUCAUACAGGUGCAAAGGUCAGGAAAGUAAGCAGAAUGCUGUUUAGGGUCCAUUGAAUACAGUUCACAGUUCACCAACGGGGAGAUAAACAGAACUUAUGGAAUAAUUCAGAUAAUUUAGAUUAAAUAUGGAAUAUUUUCAGUUGAAAGUUAAAAGAAAAAUAAGCAUAUAGAUAUACUUCAUUCAUAAUUUAACUUGAAUUUGAGUUGUUUUUUAUUUUAAUUUUUUCACUUUACUCUAUAUUGCAUUGAUAAAGUUAUCUUAAACGGAAUGGUUGAAAUGUAUGUUGUAUAUUAGCUGCUUUAUUCUUAUUUUAUAAACUUAUUACAAUUGCUAAAAGAUAUGUCAAGCAAGUUUCAAACUGACUUUUUCAUAAAGUUUUAUACCUCUGUCUGUACAAACACACAGCUUAGCACAACUGUUUAUUUCAUGACCAAAAUCCACUACAAUGACAUGUUGUAACACAACAGAUAUUUUUCAAUAAAUUCAUUUACCAAAACACUGAGCACUACUUUUCUUCUAACAAGAACAUUGUUUCAAUCAGAGCACAAUAUGAUAUAUACUCACUGACCACUUUAAUAGGAACACCUGUACACCUGCUCAUUUAUGCAGUUAUCUAAGCAGCCAAUCAUGUGGCAGCAGCACAGUGCAUAAUAUCAUGCAGAUACAAGUCAAGAGCUUCAGUUAAUGUUCACAUCAAACAUCAAAAUGGGGAAAGUGUGAUCUCUGUGACUUUAACCGUGGCAUGGAUGUUCGUUCCAGAUGGGUUGGUUUGAAUAUUUCAGAAACUGUUGAUCUCCUGGUAUUUUCACACACAACAGCCACUAGGGUUUACACAGAAUGGUGUGAAAAACAAAAAACAU